UAGCAACCAAAAACAAUAUGGACGACUUUCACAACGCGCACUUGCUGAAAUAGAAAAUAACAAAUUAAAACAAUUCUUAUGGUUAUUUUUUUAUGCAACAAAUGAUACACUUAUCAGAAUAAUAACCAGUAAUCAUGGGUGAUUGUCUGAAGUGGUUGGAAGGAAGAAUCAUUUCUUCUUUAAAACCACGGAAUGAAGAUCUGAAAAAUCUCAUGGCAAAUGAUGAAAACAGAAUGGCAUUUUAUGAGUUCAUAGACAAUGAGGAUGUGAAGAAACUGUUUGUGUACGUGUGCCAACCACACGGCUACGUGGCAUCUCUUGUCCCACCAUUUGAACUUCGGACUAAAUCCAUCUUCUUUCUCAAGUGCAGUUCAGGGACUAAACUCACCAGAGACAACAUGGAUCAAGAAGUGUUUUACAUGGACAGCACCCACGUUCCACUGGAACACUUGGAGCUGCUGAUUCGAGAGGUGUUUCUUCCCUUGCUGGGGACCAACCAGCCGAGUGUGAUGGAGGCCGGUAUCAACGGAGACAAGAUCAUGGACUUGUUACACCGACUCAUGGCUGUGGUGGAGGUCACACAGGGACAUGUCAUGGGUCGAAUCCUGUUGAAUCUACCAUCAAUAGAAGUGCUGGCCGAGGCGGCGGCUUCCCCUCACAGACGAGCAGCCGUGCUCCAUGUCCUGGAGACAACCAUCAUCAACUGGAUCAAACAGAUCAGGAUUGUCUUGAAACACGACCCCAUAGCUGAGCUGGAGCGUCAGUUUGGACCGGAGCCGGGGCCCAUGGACGAGAUCGAGAUGUGGGAGAGGUACCUGACCAACCUGCAGUCGGUGAAUGAGCAGCUUGACUCCGACGUGGCCCAGGACAUUCUGCACAACCUGGACAAGGCAAACAGCCAGUAUGCUCACUCGUUCAGCCACGUCCGCAAAGACAUCAACAAGGCUGUAGUGGAGACGAAGAAGAUUCUGACUUUUCUGAGCACGAUGCGAGAACCUCUGUCCCAGCUGCACACGGCCACAGAGCCCGGUGAGAUCGUCAAACUCUUCAAAACUCUGAUGACACUUCUGAAGCUGGUGUGGACUCAUUCCACGUACUACCAUCAUAUUGGCAAGUUUAAGAAUCUGUUGCGACUGUUGUCCAAUGAAGUUGUCCACCGUGCUAUUGCUAUUGUCGGAGAAGACGUUUUGCGUGAACCUCUCGAGUCGUACACCAAGUUGAAAGAGGCUCUCCGAGUGUGUGCGGCAUUCCGCGGAACGUAUCUCGACUUCAAGGAUAAAGCAGAUGAGCAGAACGAUAGAAACAUCACAGAGAACGCAGAAAGACUGGCUGCGAAACCACAAGGCUUUCUGUUUGCCACCAAGUUGUAUGGACCCCUUGCGUACACACCUCGCUAUGGUUUGAAGAACAUGGAUGGAGAUUCGAGCAGCACGUCACUAGACGAGGAAGAUCUCUGGACAAACAGCCCCUGGCCACCAAGAAACGCUCCGUGCUUUUCUUUGCUCAACAGUUUUAUGGAGAGGUGUAACGAUGUGUUGGAACUUGUUGAGACAACUCGUCACUUCCGUUUGCUGGCCGGAGCAGCCGAGAUUGGCGGUGCAGGCAGCUUGAGUCUGGAUGCCAUGGUCAAGGAGAUCCACCACAAAUACACACUGGCCAUGAACGAGUUCUUCUCUGUGGUCGACAACGUGCUCAACAUCGAUGGGUCACAGAUCUUCGAAAAAGCUUUCUUCAAGUUCAGGACAGUGGUGAAGGCCCUGGAAAAGAGACUGGCAGGAAUCCUACGACAGGCGUACAGCUGGUGUCCCACAGUGGAGGCACAGCUGAGACUGCUGGAGGUCUUCGAGGGAAUCAGCAGUCGAGAACUCGUUCAGUUACAUCUGAAGGACAAAGAUGCACAGCUGGUUCAAGCAUUCACCGAGGAGCUGUCCCAAGUGAGGGAGAUGUUUCAGGAGAAUAGAAUCAGUCCCCCUCCUCACUACAACAUGCCCCCCGUUGUCAGCAAACUCAUCUGGGUGCAUGCCCUCAAGGAGAGAAUUCGGAUUCCGAUGGAGAAGCUGAAACACGUGAGUCCUCAUUCCAUGGAUGGCGAGUCAGGCUGGCAGAUGAGGGUCGCGUACAACGAUGUUUCAAAGGAGUUAGACCAAUUUCAGAAGAAACUGAUUACGAACUGGCAGACUAACAUCACGUCGGAGUUGACACUCAGAUUGAAGACUCCACUGCUGAUAGCUGAGGAGUAUGAUGAAGAUGAGGAUGUGAGACCUCAGGUCGUACACGUCAACCUUGACCCCCAACUCCUGCUGCUCCUGCGUGAAAUCCGCUACCUCAGUCAGGAGCCAUUCAACAUCAAGCUGCCUGAGGCGGCCAAGGAGCUGAUCCGAAACACGAACUCGUUUGAGUUAAGCGUCACGGCAACGCGCCUCGAGACCAUCGUGUCCAAGUACAACACCAUCAUGAGAACGAUAUCUCACUUCGAGAAACCGCUCUUCGAACGGAAACUAGACAAGAUCGAUACACUGUUUGAGCAGGGUCUACAGCAGUACACUUGGAAGAUGAAGGAGUCUGCUGACUUCAUAGAGACAGCGAUGUCGCUCGUGUGUACUGACGUGUACCAAACCCUCCUGGCCCCUCAAAGGAUGAUAUUUGUCCCGGAACUGCUAGACAUGAAGAGACAGCUGACAGAAGACCAUGAGAGUUUGGUUGUUCCGUCUGGAUUAAAGAUUCACACGCUGGUGCAGUGUUCAUUUGAGGCGGUACAGAUCAGUCGGGCGUCGCCAGCCUGGCAGGACUACAUUGACUACAUCGACGCCAUCAUCCUUGACGGGCUGAAGCAGUCCACCUUCACCAGCCUCCGGUCCAUGCUCAACACACUGGUCCAGGCUAACAUCACAGAGGACAGUGAAUCGACUGUUCCGAUUCUGACGAUACGACUGGAGCUGAUAGAGAACAGUGUUUCUUUCCGACCUCCUCUUGACCAGAAUACGUCGGUGAUCAGUGUACAGGAGCUGGUUCAUCGGUGGCUGGAUGGGUUCCUGGCCCGCGGAAAGCUCGUCAAGAUGCUGGGAAUUGAGGCCGCAAAGGCGACAUACGAAGAUUACAUCACUGCAGACGAUGAGGUGAGGGAAAUGUUGAGGAAGAUCAACAUCAUGGUGGAGGAGAACAGUGAUGAGUGCAAGAAAUUGCUGGAAGGUUUCAAGGAGUACUCGUUUCUGUGGCUUCAAGACGUGAACCAAACGUUUGAGCAGUUCCUGGGUGGCGUCUUGACACCAAAUCCUAUGAGGUCUCAUCGCCAGUCCGGCCCUGACCUCCGACACUCAACAGAAAACAAGUCCCCCUCAUUCUCCAGAACCCCAUCAGCAAAAAGCAAUCCCGAAACAACAGUGUUUAGUGCUAAUCACAUUGACAGAAUGUUCCUGACUCCUAAAGGAAACAUGGAAGGGGAGAGAACCACCAUACCGACACUUGACGAGUUUGAUGCUGAGAUUGAAAUAUACCAGAAUGCUAGAGAUGACAUCCAGGAUCUGCAGGACUACCACCAUGUGGGCUGGUUGAGAGUGGACAUGCAGCCAAUCAAGCAGGUCCUUACAACCUACGCCAGCAAGUGGAUGUGGACCUUCACCAAGUACCUGUCUGAUCAGGUGACCAUCUUGUUGGAGAAACUUGACCAGUUCCUGAAACGGAUUGAACCAGAGAUUGAAGGAAUUACAGGGGAGGAGAAAGACACAGCCAGUUUCAUGAAAAUGAUGAGAUUAUUCAACGAGGUGUCGGCGCAGCAAUCUGAGAUGGAUGACAAGUUCUCCGCGAUGCACCGCACAGUGCUGCUGUUGAAGAAGUACGGCCAGAAGCUGCCCGACAAGACCCAGACGUUGUUCAACGCUGCGCCCAGCCGCUGGAACAACCUCAAGACGAAGGUGUCGCUCGCCAAACAGAGACUGGGGCCGAGAAUCCAGGAAGAGUCGGCCAGCAUCACAAAGGAUCUGGAAGCGUUCUCUGACAGAGUGAUGAGUCUGAACACUGAUCUGAAUGACUCGGAGGUCUACAACCGAGACUGCGACAUCAGCGACGCAUGGACCAUCAUCGACCAGUUCGUCCAGAGACUGUCCAUCCUUGAGAACGAGGCUCAGGAUCUCAUAGAACUUCAAGAGCUGCUAGAGACAUCGGUCGUCAACUUUUCCAUCCUACCUCAGUGCCGAUAUGAGCUGAAUAACCUGAAACAGGUGUGGGAGACGGUCAGGGUGAUUAAUGAACAGCAGAGAGAAUGGAAGCGACAUCGAUGGCAGAAGAUGAACACCAAGUUUUUGCGAGAAGAAACCACCAAACAGUUGGACAUCGUGCGGGCUCUGCCGGAGGAUGUGUUUGUGUGGGACGUGUAUAGCGGUCUGCAUGACUCCAUCACAAACAUUCAGGAUUGUCUGCCCCUGAUUGAUGACCUGAGUAAUCCCGCUAUGAGGACCCGACACUGGAAACAGCUUGUCCGGGUGACUGGUGGCGCCCUCACUGUCGACAACGACAUGCUCAAACGCAUGACUCUCGGAGAGCUACUCAGUCUGGGUCUGCAGAAACAUGUGGACGAUGUCCGAGCGAUUGUCCAGCGAGCGGUCAAAGAUCUGUCCAUCGAGCAGUCACUGAAGAAGUAUGAAGAAGUCUGGCUCAGCAAGCUGUUUGAACUGCGAGCUCACGUGCGCAACAAAUCAUCAAACACUGAUAUCCAGGAGAAUCAAAGUGAAUGCACCCAGAGCGAGGCUGGAUCGGUACAGAUUGACCGACACGGAAACAUGUUCAGUCGAAGUCAGGGACGAACUAGCCGCAUCUCCGGUAGCUCACACGGCCGCAACAAGAGAACCAGCAUUUCGUCCCUGCCAUCGUCCUUCAUGAAUUUAGGAGAGGAGAGUGGACCGCUGAUGCUGCUCACGAACACUGAGUCUAUAUUUGAUGAGCUCGACUGCCACCAGGUGACGCUGCAGACCAUGCAGAGCAGCAGUGCGGCGGGCUCGUUCCUCGACGAGGUCAUGAAGUGGCAGAAGAAGCUGCAGACCAUUGAGCAGGUGCUCACCGUGUGGCUCGAGGUUCAAGACCAGUGGGAGGAACUUGAGGACAUAUUUUCCGGUGCUGAUAUUCGGACAGCUCUGACACACGACUCUAACAGGUUCCUUUUGGUCAACCACGACUUCAAACUACUCAUGCGAGCCACAGAUAAGAAUCCAAACGUGCUCCAGUGUUGUUCUAGAAAACACAUUGUGAACAUUCUGAAGGAGAUGAAUCGUAACCUGCACUCGUGUCGCCGAUCUCUCCUUCACUACCUUGAACGCCGGCGACAGAUGUUUCCUCGAUUCUACUUCCUCGCCCUGGAGGAUGUCCUACACAUUGUCUGCAAUGGUUACGACCUCAAUCAAGUGAACUUGUACAUCAACAAGCUGUUUGAGAAUGUCGGAAGUCUGGUGUUCGAAGUGAAUGAAGAUGGCGAAAAGACAAUGUUUGUCAUCACGGGAGUACAGAGCAUGCUGGGAGAAAGACUCGACUUGAUACAACCUGUGAAGUGUGAAGGUCAGAUCGAGACAUGGCUGACAUCGUUCAUCAGCAGCCUGAAAGCUGCGCUGCAGUUCCAGAUGGCCGUUGCCAUGGGUGACGAGAAGCCGUACAAAAUGAAGACGAUACGAAGCAAUGGAGCUCUGUCAGUCACAGUCCCGGCAACUCAGGUCUCCAGUCAGUCGCCAUCAAAAGACAAAGGGGAGAGAACUGAUGGUGUUGAUGGUCAAGAUGGCCGACUACCCAGCAGUGAAGGUGUUAAAGAGGAGCCCGCCAAGAGCCCAAGUGGCAGUGAGGAGUCGAACGAGAGCGCCGAUGAGGGACAGAACUCCUGGACUCUGGAUCACGGGUCAGAGAUCGUGUACCUUGCGACACAGUGUCAGGUCUGGAAACAAAUCAAGGACGCCCUCGAGAUCUUUGAGCAAGGAGAAAAGGAGGCUCUUAAAGAUUGUUUAGAGAGGAUUGCUAUGAGUAUCCUAGCAACAACACUGCUGCUGAAAGGGCUGGAAGGAGAGAAGGAGAAAGCUGUCAGGAAAGAAAAACAGAAGGAGAAAACAGAAAGUGAAGCCGUGGCUGAGUUCUCUCAGAAAGACAUCUUGUCUGACCGACACAGCGUGGCCACCAUACCCGUCAGGAAGCGGUCAAGUCUUGACCAGACUGGACAUACAGUGUCAGGCUCCAAGAUAGGCUCGUUUCAAGAAGUCGGCAGUCACAGUGCGACAGUGUUGGGCUCAUUUCAAGAACUGGGGGGUGAUUCAGCGACGAUGCCAGCGGGGGGAGAUGAGGAGGAGGAAGAGGAGAAUCUAGAACAGCCUGGAGACACCGAAUCCUUUGUUGAAAGAAACACAAUGCAGCCACUCGACACCAUGAACAUUAUGCAACCAUUCAAGCGGAAAAUGUCUGUGGCGGAGGCAAUAAUUGAAAUCCGUAAAGAAAGUGCCCCCGCUGAAACGAAGUUGAUUUUGUUUCCGAGCCAGGUGAAGAAACUGACCUGUCUCCUGGCUCUGUUGGCCCACUCACGUGACCUUGUGCAGAGACUUAUUGAGAUUUCAGAAAUGCAGUUGCCCAUCACCAGUUUUGACUGGCGCUGUCAGCUGCAGUACCUGUUUAACAAGGAAACAAGAUCUGUGUCUGUUAAAUGUUUUGAUGCUGAACUGGAGUAUGGGUUUGAGUAUUUGGGAUCCAGUGGUAGAGAGGUCAUCACGCCCAUCACAGAGAAAGUGUUUGUCAUCCUCACACAGGCCAUCAAGUGUCACCAGGGGGCACUGUGCUGUGGUCCAUCUGAGAGUGGAAAGUUUGAGACGGUGUGCGAGCUGUCACGGUGUAUCGGCCAGGCUCUCUACAUCUUCAGCUGCACGUCAUACAUGGACUACAACCAGCUGCACAACAUCUUCAAGGGCCUCGCCUCCACUGGCUGCUGGGUCUGCUUUAACAACAUCAACAAGAUUGAGCCCGCCGCACUCAGCGUCUUCGCUCAACUCAUGUCCGCUGUGAUGGACGCUCUACGCGAGAAGAAGUCGUCUGUCCAUCUCCAGGCCGACGACGUCCAGCUCAGUCCAACCGGAGCCUUCUUCGGUCUGCUGUCGUCAUGUGUGCCCGUCACGGCACGGAAUCCUGACAGGCUGAUGCUGUAUAUGUCGAGUGUCGCGACACUGCCCAGCAAUAUAUUGAGGAGGUUCAGAGUGAUCUCUAUGGAAAGACCUGAUCUGCGUUUGGCUCUGGAAGUUAUGCUUUUUAGUCAAGGGUUUUCCAAAGGUGCUGAACUGGCUGAGAAAACUGUUCAGUUAUACAACAUGUGCAGCAAAGUGUUUGGUACCAAUACCUACAUCUCAGAAAAUGUCACUCUUGGCAGCGAUCGGAGCGCUAGUUUCUACGGCUGGAGUAUCAAAUCUCUGAAGGGAGUUGUCUCGGAGGCCGGCGCCUAUCUCGAGAAGUCGAUUGCUGACAUGGAGGAGAGACUGUCAGUGGCCGAGACAUCAGAAGACGAAGGGAAAGAAAAACAUGAGAUGGAGGAAAGUGAGAAAGGCUCCACACCUAUCGACCUUAUGUUGAAGACAGACAAACAACAAGGUUUUGAAGACGAGGCUCUUGUCACUGCCCUGCGAGACACUUUCCUUCCCAGAAUGCAGAACAGGGACGCCAGUGUCUUCUCCACAUUUGUUUCUGACCUCUGGCCUGACCUUGCCCUUCCCAUGAUAUUUGGUGGAGACAGCGACCGUGUGGGCCCACCGGUGGAUUCCAUGCGCUCCAUACUGACGGAUCAGAAGACGUCAAGGAGCACCCAGUCACAGAAGUCUCUGAAAGAUUCUCUUAAACUGAACACUCCGUUUGUGACGAUCGCACGUGCUGGUACAGAGUGCUACAGUCCCAUGGGCAAUGUGAACGACAAGGACGUCUUGGAAAACAUCGUUGAUGCCAUUGCCGUUGCAACUGGAGACCUUGGACUGCUGCCUGGUACAGCUUUCCAAGCCAGAGUCGUUCAGCUGGCUCAGUUGAAUUCUGCACAUCAAACGAUCCUAGUGGUCGGACCACCGGGCUGUGGUAAGAGUGAGUGUAUCAAGACGUUCGCCGUGGCUGAACGAGAGCGUGGAAAAACCAUCAACAUACAGAGUAUCUUCCUGAAGGCCGUCGAGUCAGAGGAGAUCAUGGGAUACAUGCAUCCUAAAACAUUGGAGUGGAAGGAAGGUCUUCUGACCUCGCUGCUGAGGAAGUUCUGUAUCCAGCCGGCCAACCAGAACUACGACCUCAAUGCCAAACCAUCCAUGAAGGUGAUGCAGCUCGAUGGAGAGGGUGAUCCCUACCAGCUGGAGCUUCUGGAGAACGUCCUGAACAACACCGGGUCCAUCGUCCUGGCCAACAACGAGAGAAUCGUCCUGCCAGACACACUCCGCUUCAUUUGGGAGCUUGAGAGUCUGGAACACCUGAGCCCGUCUCUCCUGGCGAACGUCGGAGUUCUGGCAAUGAGCACCAGCGAUGUCGGGUGGAAGCUGAUGUUGGUCCAGUGGUUAGAGCAGCGGGGCGACACUGACAGCGAGCUGCUGUUCAUCCUGUGUAACCAGUACAUUGAGAAGAUCAUCGACUACCUGACGAUGUGCACGCAGCCAGCAAUGUUCGACAAGAAGCAGAACCAGCACCCAUUGUACCAGAGAAUCAUCUCGCACACGCCCGAGAAUAUGGUGCGCACACUGUGCAGUCUGUUGGAGACUCUUCUGAACCCGUACCCUGACCUGAAUGAGUUGGAGUACGAGCGAUACUUCAACUUCGCGUGUAUCUGGUCGUUUGGAGGAACGCUGGCCGUGGAGAACCGCGAGUCAUUCAGCAACUGGUGGAGAGAGCAGUUUGGUGAAUUCAUCGACUACCCACAAGAGGGAACGGUGUUUGACUAUGUGGUUGACAGUGAGAGUCACGAGUUUUGCCGCUGGGCCGACAUGGUUCCAUCGUACACUGGAACACCUCACGAGGGAAUCCCAUCAGAAUCUCUUGUACACACUAUUCACGUGGAUCAACUUCUUCACCUACUGGGCCUGUUGUCUGAUGCUGGAAGACCCGUGAUGCUUGUCGGGGAGAACGGGUGUGGGAAGACGUCGAUCGUGAAUGAGAGGAUCCGCACGGUCUGUUCGGGAGAGGUAGCUGAGGUGCUGUCACUCACCAUCUAUGCCAACAGAUUCACCAAUUCACACAUGCUGUACGAACGUUUGGACGAACGUUUGGAAUGGAAACACAGCCGGACGUUUGUGCCGAAAGGAAACAAACGACUUCUCUGUCUAAUUGACGACUUGAACCUGGCACAGGUUGACAAAUUUUCGCACCAGACAGCAACCGAACUGGUUCGAGAGCACCUGGAUGACGGCGGCUUCUACAGCCCGAGCUCACAUGCCUGGCGCUAUGUGAAGAACGUCACCUAUGUGACGACCGUCAACCCGCAGGUGACCGCUGACGUCCCCAAACUGAGCCAGCGACUACUGCGGCACUUCUCCAUCUUCGGCUGUCCAUAUCCAGGGAGCCAUGAGCUACAGACCAUCUUCACCACACUGCUGCACGUGCACUUCCUCACGCCAGAGUCGUCCGGGGCAACCAGCACAAUGCAUCUCCACGACGAGAAGGGUUUGGGUAUUCUCCGAGAAGUGGAGGAAGCUACAAAGCAACUUCUAAACCUGAUAGUGGGCGUCACUGUAGAACUACAGGAUCGACUGCGCACCAUGUUCCUGCCAACCUCACAGAGAUGUCACUACAUCUUCACUAUCAGAGAUCUCUCCAAUGUGUUCAGAAACCUUUGCUUGUCACAGCAACCAGGUGCACCAAAGAAAAACAUACUGUUGCUAUGGCAACAUGAGUGUUUCUGGCUGUAUGGACGUCGCAUGGUGAACGACGUUGAUUACCGAAGGUUCCGCCAAGCAUUUGUGACAGCUGUGAGGAAACAGUUCUCUGAUGAUGAACAGAUUGAGAUGCUGAUCAAGCCUCGCCUGGUGACGUUCAGCAACCUGAUAGAGCAGGACAGCGGCAUCGUGACGGCAGGGAUGACGGACUCGCGUCACAGCGCCAACGUUUCCGAGGAGGAUGCCAAGACAGACCUGUACCGGUCUGUGUCAUCCCUCAAUGAACUCAAGGAUCUGUUAGAGAGGGGGGUGGAGGAGUACAACAAGAUACACCCCCGAAUCAAGCUGGCCCUAUACAAGAGUGUGAUUGAACAAGUGUGUCGCCUGGCCAGGACGAUCCCGUCUCCUCACGAGGUGGCCAACACAGUGCUCACGUCGGAGGGCUGCCCCGGCCGUUGUACGAUCAUCGUGAAGCUCGCGGCCCACCUGUGUGGCUACACCGUGUACCAGAUCAGCCCCACCCCCGCGUGGCACGACCGUGAACACCAGAUGGAGCAAUUCAAGGCGGAUCUCGUGCAUGGAUACACCAGAGCGGGAACUAAAGGUGAGAAGAUUCUGCUGCUGCUCCACGAGGGCGAGCUGUUGAAGGAAGACUUCCUGGUGUUCCUCAUCGAGUUCAUCGUGUCGGGCUCCAUCAGCCACCUGUUCACCCAGGAGGAGCAGACAACCAUCAUCAACUCCAUCCGCACCGAGGUCACUCAGGCCGGGCUCACCUACACCAGAGACGUGGCCUGGAACUUCUUUGUCAGGACUGUGAGGAACAACUUCCGUGUGUGCUUGAUAGCUGGUAGCGGGGACGUGAACUUCCAGCGCCGAUGUCGAGAGUAUCCUGCCCUCACAAAGAACGUCAAGUUCAUCUGGUUCCCUCACUGGUCCAAGCUGCAACUUGUUGAACAUUCUCUGUAUCAUCUGCGUGGUGUUGACUGGAUGACUGAGAUACAGCGUGAGAACAUUGCCCACAUGCUGGCGUCCAUGCACUUGGUUCUCCGACAGCAGGAUGGAGGAGAGAGCAACUCCGGAGAGUACAGACAUAUCACAAACACGUCCUUCGAGAAGUUUGUCGAAAAAUUCAUAUCGCUGGCCCGUGUCCGCCACCAGCUGGUGAACGAGGUUCAGCAGACCGCGACGAAGACCCUGCAGACGAUCCGUAAAGAGAACGAGGUGGCCAUCAAGCUGAAGAAACAGCUUGAGCACGAGAUGGUCGUCCUGCAGGAGAGGAAAGCUGGUACAAUCAAGAUUUUGUCACAGAUUGGCCAAGACACAGCCAUUACUGAACAACAAGUCAAGGUCGUGAAGAACCAACUGGAGAAAAUUCAAAAGUUGAAAAAGUUGCUCCCGGAGUACCAGGUGGCUCACGAGAGAGCAGUGUACAAGGCGAUCGCGAUCGUCACCGACACAAAGAAGGUCGUACAGGACAUGGAUGUGGACAAACUGUCUGAGCUGAGAGCCAUGUCGAAACCCAUCAUCGAGAUUGAGGAUCUCAUGGCAGCCAUCAUCAUGAUCUUGAAGUCACCCUCAGCAGAUUUAACAUGGCAGAAGGGAGCAAAAAGACAGAUGGCAAACCUUGAAAGAUUUAUAGAGGAGCUGAUGAUGUUUGAUGACACCCAGCUGCCCGAGACUACCCUUGACCUGGUGGAGCCAUACCUCAAGAAAGCCGCCUUUGAUCCCGAGGUCUUGAAACGCAAGACUUCCAACACCGCCUGUGCAUCGUUGUGUAGCUGGGUCCGAGGAGUUGUCAAGUACCACCGCAUGAUGAUCUCCAAGGUGAAGCCGCUGCACUCCAAAGUGGACGAGACAAUGCAGGCUGUGGACAGUGCCGAGCAGAAGAUGAACACUCUCGAGAGCAAGAGAAAGGCCUUGGAUCUGAGACUGGCAGAUCUUGCCCGUGGAUUUGAAGAGGCAACUAUUGACAAGAAUGGACAGGAAGAGAAAACCAUCAAAAUGAAGAAAACACUUGAGACAGCGGCCCAGCUUAGAAGGAUUCUGAAGAACGAGAGACAGCGGUCUCAGCAGAUCUACGACUCGUACAACCGCCGACUGGUGGCGGUCCCUGGUGGCUGCGCCAUGGCCUCAGCAUUCUCCACCUACCUGGGAGCCUACCACCACAACUUCCGACGAGUCAUGCUCACCGUUCACUGGCCAAACUGUCUGCGGGAACGUGGCAUCCCAUUGGUCAUCGACUCCAUUGAUGGGCUUAGAGGUCGAGUGAUCGACUGGUCUAUCCACUUCUUGAAGACAGCCUCGGGUGCGAGUUCAGUGUAUGAUUUGGACUACACGUCUGUGGUUCAGGGCGACCAGGAUGAGAUUGAAGACAUCCUAACUCCAAAGUCUGGUCCCGAGAGUCCCACAGAGAAGAAAGAUGAAGAAAAGGAAGUUGUCGAAACGAAAGCCGAGGUGCUUGAAGAGACAGAAGCCGAAGAUACUCCGAAGAUUGCCGACAAGACGCCACAGUCCCCGGUCCACUCGGAUCCCGAUACCCCCAAGUCACAGGACACCCCGAGGACACCCAAGGUGUCGGGACGCAAAGGACCUACUGAAGGGGAACACACCAUAGCUGUAGCAGAGAAUGAGCUCACCGAUGACUUAGAGGAACAGAGCACUGGCAGACUGCUGGGACACAUCGACGGCAAUGGUGACGAUGAUGACGUGGGAAAGCUCACCGAUGACUUAGAGGAACAGAGCACUGGCAGACUGCUGGGACACAUCGACGGCAAUGGUGACGAUGAUGACGUGGGAAGUCUGAUGACGGAGAGUCAGGCGCCGCUACUGACAACAUCACAGUACAACAAAUAUGUCCGCAGUCUCGUCAAACUGCUGAUAGGAGAGAAAACACUCAAUGACUGGAUACGGAAAGAUUUUGGACCUGGUCAGAUUGAGAAUGCUGCUAUAUUGUGUUGCUCAUGGCAACGACCUCCAAUGAUGAUUGACCCCAAUGGAGAAGGUUCAUUUUGGCUGGGCCGUCUCAACAAACUGCUGAACAAGAGAAAGCUUAUCUCCCUUGACAUGGACUCGAGAUGGACUGAUCCUCAAGUGAUGGUGACGCUAGAGAAAGCCAUCACGCGUGGGAAGCCCGUUCUGCUGCGUAACUGUCAGGAGCACAUGGACAACAUCAUCAUGCCACUGAUGCAUCACAGGAACAUGGCCAAUGAGAAGGACGAAGAUGAAGAGUCGAGAAUGAUCAUGUUCUGUGGCAGACGAACUCUGUGUCACGCCGACUUCCGCUUCUACCUGUCAACCCCUCUCACGUCGCCGAAAUUCAACCCUGAGAUUGCGUCGACGACGACGCUGAUAAACUACGGCGUGUCGUUCGAUACCCUGACCGAGGACCUGCUGACCCGGGCGUUCGCGCGCAUCCGGCCCGAGCUAUACAAGGAGCGCAUGAUGGCCCUAAGCAACAUGCAGCUGAUGAAGGACGCGCUCUAUCACCUCUCAGACACGGUCAAGGAUCUCGUGUUGUUGAAGGGACAUGAGGUGUCGCUGUCUGACGCCAAGACGCUACAGUUUGUCACCGAUCUCACAGAUGCCAAAGUCGAGCUUGCCAAAAAACUGGAUGACACACAGAAUCUGUUGGAUGAUCUGGAAUUGUUGAGGGAUGAGUUGUUUCCCCUUGCCCGCCGGGCUGCCAUGUUGUUUUCCAUACUGAGGAGUCUGACAACGAUUCACAAUGAAUACAAGUUCACAUUGACCUACUUUCUUGAACUGUUUGAUGAGUCCGUGGGGGGAGCUCUUCCAGAGGGUUUUGGCAAAGAUACCGACGCUGACGAUGGAUUUGAGGCUGACGAUAGCACAGACACAGACAAACGUCCGAGGGUCGGCAGUGAUUCAUCUCACGUGUCUGACACAGACAAGACGGCCACAGACAAACAAGAUGAAUCAGCACCGAAAGAUUCUGGUGUUACAUCAGAAGGCAUUACAGCUGGUCAGACAGAAAAGGAAAGAACAGAUUCGACCCAACCUGACAGGUUAACAGAAGGUUCGUCUGUGAGCACAGAAGCUGUCCAGAAGCUGGUAGAGUCGUCCCAGAGUGUGGAGUACCCACCCGUGGAGCUGCCCGAGAUGUUGUCUCUCCCGUCGGACGGAGUCGAGUACAAGGCUCUGUCGGUGAACAAGAUCAAACAGCUGAUGGACAUCCUCACCAGUCUCGUCUACCACAGAAUCAGGCUGAGCUUGUAUGAGGAGGAUGGCCUCAAGUUUGCCACACUGCUGUGUCUGAACGUGCAGGCCGAGAGCGGAGAGGUCUUCACCAACGAGGAGAUGUCUCUACUCCUACAGGGUAACCCCGGACUAGGGAUGCAGCUGACGCUGUCUGACUUCGACUGCAGCGAGUCCCCGCCCACGUGGCUGUCCCAGGAGAAGUGGGAGGACAUCCUGGCUCUGUCCGUGUUGCCGGGACCCCUUGACAGUCUGUGUGUCGACUUCGCACAGAACUCCCAGCACUGGCAGGCGUGGUACAACACAGCCUACCCCGAGAGAGAAACGCUGCCCUGUACCGCUAUGGGCAGCACAGAGCAUGAAGAUCCUUCCCACGAUAAGCUCCCAGGACGGAGUGGUUCCCGGGGCAGCAACCAGCCGGCACUCGACCGCGUGGUCACCCCGGACCUGGGCCUGCUCAGCGAGUUCCACCAGCUGCUCAUCCUGCGAAUGCUGCGGCCCGACCGCCUGCCUGCUGCGCUCAGUGGAUACGUGGAGCGCAACCUCAACCUGACGAUGCCCGCCGAGUACGGCUUCAACCUGGGUGACGUGCUCAUUGACGCCAAGAGUCACCUCGGCGUGCUGUUGCUGCUGCCACCCAGCCCCGACCACCAGAACACGCACGCUGUGGCCAGGAUCAAACUGACCACACCACCGGUCGACACGCUAUCAACUUUAGCUAAGAAGCAUGACGUGAACCUGCAGCAGGUCAGAAUCACUGAUGGCUGUGAGAGUCAGGUUUACGAAGCGAUCGAAUCGGCCGAGAGUAACGACGGCUGGGUGGUCAUAGAGGACCUUCACCUUGCUCCCGAACACUUCUUCAUGACUCUCCAACAGAUACUGAUGAGACUCUUCAAGAUGCGAGCAACCCUUACCGCUGAGAAAUUGGAGAAGAGUCGGUUUUGUGUGUGGAUCACAUGUGAGCCGUGUGAUCGUGUGUCCAGCUUCCUCGUGCGCAAUCUGCACAAGGUGGCCUGGAACCACCUGGACGUGACGUCGGAGGUCGAGGACAAUGAGGCUAAACGACAUCUACCGAUGGCGAGGAACAUCACACCACAGGGAUACUUCAAAACUGCACUGAUUUCGACGCUGAAGCAGGUUCCACACGACACCUGGGACAAAGUGCGAGACCAGAGUCCGCUGUCAAAGGCACUGUCAUUUGGCGUGGCCGUCAUUCAGAGUGUUCUGGUUGCCAGGCAACUGUUUGGCUCGAUCGGGCUGAGCCAGUGGUAUCCGUUCAACAAGGUGGAGAUAACUACGGCCAUCGAGAUGAUCGCCGGAAAGAUGCUGCGACCAGGAAAUGACGUUGAACCAUUUCUGGAAGAUCUCUGUUACGCCAUUCCACAGCUGUUGUAUGGCGCCAUGUUGAAGGACGAGACAGACAAGAUCUACAUUGAGACAUUGACCCAGCAUGUGUUGAGUAUCGUCUACCAGGAACCCAGCAGUGAGAUCUCUCUGGGUAGUGUGCUGCUCAAAACACCGCAGUCGAACAUCGAUCCAGCCACGUACGCGGACUUUGUUGAGAACACCACGGAACCGGACAUCACCUUACUGGCCAUGCAGCUGGGUCUGGGAGUCGAGAGAGAGAACUGUGAGGCAAUCUCCAAUGAAUUUAUCCAGCAUGUUGAUGACAUGUUUGAGUGUCAGAACCAGGAGAAUGGACCAGCCACUGGUAGGAGAAGAGAUGAUAUUUCCAUCCCCAAACUGAGAUCCGCAUUGGAUAUCUGCGUGGAACAGUUACCUCCCAUGCUGGAGCUGGGCCAGGUGGCGCCCAUGGCCACCCAUGAGUUCAAUUUCCCUUACCACCGACCGAGCAUCCUCAGCGUCACCAGUGUAUCGAGCACGCAGAUGCCAGAGAGUAUUGGAUACGUCCUUUUACAGGAGUGUUUGUGGACGAACUGUGUCCUGUGUCACAUCCGACAUUUCAUGUUUGACCUGCAGCAGAACCUGCUGGGCGGCCCGGAAUCGGUGGCCACCGUGCUCAGUCUGCAGGAGGAACACGUGCCCGUCUCCUGGAUACACCCAAACUGUCAGCCCUGCACACACUCACUCGUCUCAUGGCUUCUUGAUUUGAAGAAGUGUUACAGCCAGCUGUAUGAGUGGAUAAAGCGCGGAAUGGUUCCCACGUUCCGGGACGGGAUGGUGCAGGACAACCCGACGAUUGCCCGCGGUCACCUGUCGUCAGUUUGGCUGGGCGGUCUCGUCAACCCUCAGGCCCUGAUCGCCGCACUCAGACAGGAGAAGGCCAUGGUGGCCCACUGCAGUAUAGAUAAGGUGCAGUUCGAGUGUAGAAUCUUUGAGAAAUGUCACCCAGAAAACUACGAAUUAGAAGAGGAUGGAAUUUUCUUCACCAACCUAUACAUCCAGGGUGCUGGCUGGAGCUUUGAUAAACACUGCUUCAAAGAUACACGGAAAGCGGUAUUUGAGGUGCCAUGUCUCUACCUUCGUCCUACCGUUGCCAAGGAGUCGAUGGAAGGAGAGAGGGAAGGAGAACGUGAGAAGGAGGAUCAUGAUGAACACAAGACAUACACCUGUCCUGUCUACAUGAACAAGAGUCGUCAGAAGUUGGUAGUGACCAUUCCCCUGUCAUGUCCAAAUCCACCGGAACACUGGAUAUUGUCGAGAACCGCAAUCAUACUUGAUCCAGGCCUCCUUGAAGAUGGAUGCAAGAAGUCGCGGUCAUACCUGUUGCUGUCCCGCAUGCAGCCAACGUCUCGUGCCGAUGAUGCCGAAAUAGAGGAGGAGGACUUGCUGCCUGAAGACACCAGAGAGGCCGGCAACAAGGAGGAAGAGUUGUCCGUGGUCUCCCACUCCAACCAGUCACAGCUGUCCUACAAGCCCAUGUCUCCCAAGGCAGAGCCUUUACCUGCAGGCCUGGCCAUCGCCAGAGAGCAGCCAAUGAUGAACGGAUCGGGGACACCAUCGCGGAAAACUCCUCUGUCGGGUCGAGACAGCCGUUCAGGAAAGCAGUCUUCCCGGCCAGUGUCAGAAAAGUCCCAGCCUCUCGAGUCCUCAUCUGUGUCUGGCAUGUCCAGAGGCACAGAGGGUCAGGGACAGAAUGUUGAAAACACGAAUGAUGAUGUCAGCCACGAGGGUCACACAAAGAUCACCAACGCAGGUCUGGACAAUCGCGGUAACGAACCAGAGAGCGAGAAGCAUGGCCGACAAGGAGAGGAUCAGAGGGGAGACGAGAAGCUGUUCUCACAGGAGUCGCUGAACAAAACCGGUCUCGACACCUCGGAGGAGAUGGACCCAUCGGUCCAGGAUGACAGCAGAGUGUUUGACUCAUCACAGGACCAGAUAGAAGAGUCAAUAUCCCUUUCUUCGCCCAAGGAAGGUCCUCCCUCAGCAAGGCCAGCUGCAAGGGAAUCCUCACAGACGUCUUUGCGUCUGGUGAAGAAAGAGCCGUCGCAGACUUCAUUGAAGGGAGGACAGAAGUUAGGAUCACAAGCUUCCAUCAACGAAACACCUAGAUCUACUGUUUCACAGAAAACAAAAUCUCAAAGGUCUCAAGGAGUCUCGGAACCUAGAUCCCCACAUCCAGGUGUAAAGAGGGAAGGAUCCCAAACGUCCGUCGGUGGAUUGAAGAGAGAACCAUCACAGUCUUCAGUCACUGGACUAAAGAGAGCAUCAUCACAGAGUUCUGUUACUGGAACAAAGAGGGCACCGUCGCAAUCUUCUUUUACUGGGCUGAAAAGAGAACCAUCACAGUCUUCUGUUACUGGAAUAAAAAGGGAACCAUCACAGUCUUCUGUUACUGGACUAAAAAGGGAACCAUCACAAUCUUCUGUGACUGGAAUAAAAAGAGAACCAUCACAAUCUUCUGUGACUGGAAUAAAAAGGGAACCAUCACAAUCUUCUGUGACUGGAAUAAAAAGGGAACCAUCACAAUCUUCAGUCACUGGAAUACAAAGAGAACCAUCACAGUCUUCUGUGACUGGAAUAAAAAGAGAACCAUCACAGUCUUCUGUCACUGGAAUAAAAAGAGAACCAUCACAGUCUUCUGUCACUGGACAGAAAGGAGAAGCAUCACUUGGCGCAGGCACCUCGCAAUCGCAGACAUCUGUACGGUCAACAUCUGGUACUGAUCUUCCAAAACCUAAGGCAGGCACCGACACCUCGAAUGAAGGAGCUGAUGCUAUCCAGACGGUGACAAACACAACAAAUGAUGCAUCUCGGGGAGAUGACUUUGAAGAUGCACACUAGGCACAGAAGAAAGAUCCUCGGCCAUACAAUUGAGAUUUAUGAUGACUUAAUAGCAUUUUUUAAAUUUUUUGGUGGUAUUUUCAUUCACAUGCUGUUACAAUGUAUUGAAAUAUCUUUAUCAUGUCCCUAUGACUUUGAAGAUGCACAGAAGAUACAAAAGAAAGAUGCUCGGCCAUAGAUUUAUGAUGGCUUCAUAACAGUUUUUUUUUUGGUUUGGUGGUAUUUUCUUUCACAUGCUGUUACAAGUGUAUUUGAAAUAUCUUUAUUAUAACCCUGUGAACUAUAUAAUACAUGUGACUAUUUUAUUUUCCUUUGUAUGUGACUGUCAAAAAUGGUUGCUUGUCAAUUGACAUUUAAACUGUUCCAACACUGAACAAGAAGCAGAAAGCUUCUACAGUUUGCCACACAUGAUGUCCAAUCCUUUUUUGUCUCCCUUGCUUGUGCUGUUUCAGUUAUUUAUUUGAAGUUUCUGAAAAUGAAAGAACAGUACUUACUUUUAACUGUGAUAUUCUUAUUAUAUUCAGUUGUGUGUGUGUCUGUGUGUGUGUGUGUGUCUGUGUGUGUGUGUGUGUGUGUGUGUGUGCACGCGUGCGUGCGUGCGUCUGUGUAUGCGUGUCUUGGUGUUUGUAUGUGCACAUGCACACAUGCCUGCUUGUAUGUGUACAUGUGUAUGUAAACAUGUCAUUUCCGUCCAAAAUAUUUAAAAGUCAAAAUAACUUUUACUUGCAUUCCAGUAUUAUUUUAAUGUAUUUUGAUUAUUUGUCUAUGAAAAAAACAAUAUCUCGUCUAAAACCACAUAAUUAAGACUUUCUUCAGAUCAUGUUUUUCAUGGUGUCAAAAAUAUAUGUUAGUAGGUAUCAUUGUUUUUCUCAGUGGUUUUAGAGAGAUUAAAAUAUAUAUAUUUAAAUUGCCUUUGCAUUCAGUAAUAGUCACCGUCGCUGAGUCCAUGCCAAAUUCAUCUUUAAUUAUCACUUACAUUGUUUACAAUAUGUUUACAAAUUUAUGUAAUAACACUAUGAAUAACUCUCAAGUACUUAUAUUAUUAUUGUUAUUUGGUUAAUUUCCGUUAACUGGACACAUUUUCAUAAAAUAAUAUAUUCACGUGGAUGAAGUUCUUGUUUAGAAUAUAUUAGUGUCUGAAUAAUAAAUAGGAGGGGGCCUCGUAAAUUGAUAACUUGAGCCCAAUCCUUUUGUAUAUUAUAUGCAAUGCUUUUGUUUCAGUCAAUAAUAAACUGGAAGAAAAAAAAUCUUUCACAGUAGUGUACAAGUUUUAAUAAACUUAAUUAUCUUCUAUAGACGUGUAAAGCUAGUAACAAUACUAAAACUAAUACCUAUAUUAUUUUCUUUCUACCCGACGAAGAUAUACAAUUUGAUUAAAACCAGAAAAUAAUAAUGAAAGAAAAAAAGACGAAAAAAGGAUAAACCAUUUAAAUAUAUUUUCUGCAAACACUAUUAUAUGUUUUCAUAUUCAUGUUCAUAACACGUCACGUCAUGAUUAAUUACAUUAUGUUAUUCUGUAUCUGUGAUACAUUGCAAUUGUUUUACUGAGAGCUCAAUCAUAAUAAAUGUUUGGUAAAUACUA